AUUCACAAGACAAAACCCUAUAAUUUCAUGCUAAGAUAGAAAACAGUCUUUCAGUUAUAAUUUUGUAGCACAAAAUUAGCAACGGCAUUUGUUUGUUGAAGGUAUCAAACUAAGGUUUCUACGAUGACGUCAACAACGGUUAUAUCAAAUCGUGUAACGAACAACACCUACAGACCUCAUAAUUCACUAAAACGGAUCAAAAAGCGUAACAUUCAAAGGCGAUCUAGUCGCGAUAUGAAGAGUCAUAGGUCGUGGAGAUCGGAAACUCAACAGAAACUAUACAGAUCGAAACUACUACAAGCUUUGCAACACGUACGUCUCAGCUCCAUACAUUCGCCUCGACUUAAAGGACUAGCUAUACGUGAAGCCGCCGACCGCGUUCUAGCAAUGACAGCUAAAGGACGGACUCGAUGGAGCCGAGCGAUCCUUACAAAUCAGGUUAAGCGUAAAUCUGCAAAGAGCGAUAUAAAAUUAAUGAAGCGGAGAAUUGGUGUUUUGAGGUUUAAGACAAAGAGUGAAAAAUUAUUGAAGGUGGAACAGAAAACACGUGAUCUUAGGCGGUUAGUUCCGGGUUGCUGGAACCAACCGUUGCCAGUUGUACUGGAAGAAGUUAGGGACUAUAUUUGUGCACUUGACAUGCAAGUUAAAGUUAUGGCUGCUGUUGCUGAUGUUUUGUCUGAUGGGUCAAGUUAUGGCUCCGGGUUGGUUGCUGGUGGUGUGAAUGGUGUGAAGUGAAUGUAAGUCGGGGCCGUAUUAGCGGGUAACUACGGGGCGUAUGGGUUUAUUUUUAUGUUUUUAAGAUAACUAAUGGUUAGUUCUGAAGAAAUGUUUUUAAU